AUGAAGAAUGCAGAUGUGACAUGCCUAAUUUGUUGUUGCUUAUUUCUAGAUCAAUCGACCCUGUUUCCUCAGUUGAAAUCUAGUCACUUUGAUGUGGUAGUUGGUGUGUUGUCAGCUCGCAAUAACCAUGAACUUCGAAAUGUGAUCAGAAGCACCUGGCUGAAACAUUUAAUACAACAUCCUGCACUAAGUCAACGUGUGCUCGUGAAGUUCAUAAUCGGCGCUCGUGGCUGUGACGUGCCUGUGGAGGACCGGGAGGACCCUUACUCCUGCAGACUGCUCAACAUCACGGACCCAGUUUUGAAUCAGGAAAUUGAGGCGUUCAGUUUUUCUGAAGACACUUCAUCGGGGCUCUCUGAGGACCGAGUUGUCAGCGUCAGCUUUCGAGUUCUCUACCCAAUCGUUAUCACCAGUCUCGGGGUGUUUGAUGACGCCAGCGAUGUGGGUUUCCAAAGGAACAUCACUGUCAAGCUUUAUCAGGCAGAACAGGAGGAGGCCCUCUUCAGCGCUCGCUUUAGUCCUCCGAGCUGUGGGGUGCAGGUGAACACGCUGUGGUACAAGCCUGUGGAGCAGUUCGUCCUUCCAGAGAGCUUUGAAGGUACAAUCGUGUGGGAGAGCCAAGACCUCCAAGGCCUUGUGUCAAGAAAUCUCCACCGAGUGACAGUAAAUGAUGGAGGAGGAGUCCUCAGAGUCAUCACAGCUGGGGAAGGUGCACUACCUCAUGAAUUCAUGGAAGGCGUGGAGGGAGUUGCAGGUGGUUUUAUUUAUACUAUUCAGGAAGGUGAUGCACUCUUACAAAGCCUUCGUUCUCGCCCUGGAAGACGUAGUGACCAUCUAAGAAACCUCCACGAGGAGGAUGCCUUACUGAAGGAGGAAAGCAGCGCCCACGAUGACAUUGUUUUUGUGGAUGUCGUCGACACUUACCGUAACGUUCCUGCAAAGUUGUUGAACUUCUAUAAAUGGACCGUAAAAACAACCAGCUUUGAUUUACUGCUCAAGACAGAUGAUGACUGUUACAUAGACUUGGAAGCUGUAUUUAAUAGAAUUGCUCACAAGAACCUGGAUGGACCUAAUUUUUGGUGGGGAAAUUUCAGACUGAACUGGGCAGUUGACCGGACAGGAAAGUGGCAGGAGCUGGAGUAUCCCAGCCCAGCGUACCCUGCCUUCGCAUGCGGCUCAGGGUAUGUGGUCUCCAGGGACAUCGUCCACUGGCUGGCCAGCAACGCGGGGAGGCUGAAGACCUAUCAGGGUGAAGAUGUAAGCAUGGGCAUCUGGAUGGCGGCCAUAGGACCCAAAAGAUACCAGGAUGGCCUGUGGCUGUGUGAGAAGACCUGUGAAACGGGGAUGCUGUCUUCCCCCCAGUACUCCGCGCAGGAGCUCACGGAGCUGUGGAAGCUGAAGGAGCUGUGUGGUGACCCCUGUCAGUGCGAGCGAGGUGAUGAUUUACAGCGCAGGGUUUAGCGGCCAGGGCAGGUGAACAGCGACCCGAGUGUAAACCUGAGGAGCGUGGGCUCGGCCGCCCUAUGUGCUUCUCGGGAGAGCUCCAGGCUGGCACUGCUGUGCUCAGAGUUUGCAGUCUCCUUCUAAAAACCAACCCUGACACUGUAGCAUAAGAAAAAUUACUUAUAUAUUGGAAGAUUUGAAAAAUACCAAAUAGUUUAUAAAGAAAACAUAUUUCUAAAUCCUAAUGCAUCAUUUCUAGUUAGAAUUUGUUGCCUAUCAUUUCUGGUUAAAAGUUGGCUUGUUCAGAAUCGUUAGUAACAGAGUUGGACUCUCAGCCUGGGUUGCAGAACAGCUUCAUACAGCGUGAUUAGGACAAUUGACAUGGGCCAAAAACAGCUCAGAGAUGGUUGUGUGGUCAUGUGAUCGCUUAUGAGCUGUGUCACUUAUACCAAAGUUUGGAGUUUCUGGAAAUAAUGCCAUUUUCCGUGGGGUCUGAAUGAAGGGGGCAACUUAAAUUGGCUCUUUUCCAAGUUUAACUCUCAAUUCUAGACCUUGGUUUCAUUAAGUGGACUAAUGCAAGUUUUCUUUCACCAUUUCACAUGAACCCUGGAAGUCACAGUGUAGUACGCCUAUGAAAAAUCCUGAAUUCUUGUGAAUAUAAGUAAAAUCAAACACCUCUCAGGGUUUUAGUGCCACAGGGAAGGAUAUUUCUAAAUAGCUGACACUUUGAAAGAAUUCUGCUUUCCUCCUGUCAUUACCUAAUGUUUACCUAAUAUAAGUGAAUUCUGAUCAGAGCUGGCAUCUUUCAUAGAAGGAUAAGCUCAGUUGAGGUGUAACUGUAGGGGAAGCGUGUAAUUAAUUGCUGUAAGUCCUCUAAAAACAGUGCAGCUGAGAAGAGAUUGUAGCAUGUGUGUUGUACACAGCGGAGGAUGUGCCCCUCAGUUUAAGGGACAUUUCCCUAAAUGACCAACCAAAUCAAUUUAGUAACCUUUUAAACUGGUAGCAUCAAUAGAGAAUCCCAUUAAAACUGGUCUGAUGACAGACAUUAACUGUGUGCAGUUAAUA